CCCUCGAACGCGUACAGGUGCCUGCAGUCCGCCAAAACCGACCGGAGCGUUGGUGUUGCGCCGGCAAAAGACAGUUGUAAUUUGUUGCAUAUUUUUCAUAAAAGUUGUAUCAUAUGUUGUAAAUAAAUAAGUAACUGAAAUCACCUGCUCCGUAGGAGAUGGCCGGACCGGACGUGGCUGCAUUGGCGGCCGAUUUAGCCAGGGCCGUGGAGCUCACGAUGAGCGAUGGGGCCUCCCAAGCUGACAGAAUGAAGGCCUACAAUGCCUGUGAAAGUUUCAAAGAAACGUCGCCACUUUGCGCUGAGGCCGGACUCUACCUCGCUUCUGGCACACAGAAUUCGCUAAUAUCCAGGCAUUUCGGUCUCCAACUCAUGGAGCACACUGUCAAGUACAGGUGGACGCAGAUAUCUCAGCAGGAGAAGAUCUUCAUCAAGGAAAAUGCUAUGAAAUUGUUGGCAGCUGGGGGAAUAAGUGAAGAGUCACACAUGAAGGAUGUACUGAGUAGGGUUAUUGUAGAAAUGGUGAAAAGAGAGUGGCCCCAACAAUGGCCGGGUCUUUUGAAUGAACUGUCUGAUGCCUGUGCCUAUGGUGAGAUUCAGACUGAGUUGGUGCUGUUGGUUUUCCUGAGACUUGUUGAAGAUGUGGCCUUAUUACAGACUUUGGAAUCGAAUCAACGACGGAAGGACAUCUAUCAUGCGCUCACUGCAAACAUGGCUACUAUCUUCGAGUUCUUCCUGCGCCUUAUCGAGUUGCACGUCGGCCAAUUCCGGGCGUCGAGCGAGGCGAACAACGUGGUGAAGGCGGCCGCCCACGGUCGCGUCGUCCAAGUCGUCUUACUCACCCUCACCGGCUUCGUCGAGUGGGUUUCGAUGGUGCAUGUGAUGGCGCAGAACGGGAGACUCCUGCACAUUCUUUGUUUGUUACUCAACGAUGGGGCGUUCCAGUAUCAUGCCGCCGAAUGUUUAUCGCAGGUGGUGAACAGGAAAGGCAAAGUGGAUGAGCGCAAGCCGUUGAUGAUCCUGUUCAACACCGAGCCAAUGCAGUGUCUAGUCGCAGCUGCCAAGACGGACGGCGCCAUCGGUGACGACCAACACUACCAGUUCAAGAAAAAACUGAUCCAAGUGCUGGGCGGGCUGUCGAUGCAGGUGUGUGCAUUGUGGGGCAAGGAAGGCUGCACCCGUCCCCAGAACUUUGCAAUGUUCUUGGAGGGUGUGCUCGCCUACAGCAGCCACCGAAGCCUCGUUAUCGCCCACCUGGCCAAUCCGAUUUGGAACGCUAUGCUGAAGAACGAGCAUGUCGCCCGGGAUCCGGUCUUUUUGGCGCAUAUACCGCAGUGGGUGCAGUGCACCGCACCCAAGAUUGUUAAGUUUAAUUACCCCAGUGGCAAGUCGCCCAAUCCGCAAGUGGAGAAGGCCGAAGCCUACGCCAAGAUCGACUUUGACAGCGAGGAGGAGUUCUCCUUGUACUUCUAUCGAUGUCGUGGCGAUUUUCUGGAUUCCUUCCGGCAAGCAACUGUCGUGGCACCGCUCGUCACCUUCAACUACGUUGAACAGUGGCUGAUUAAGUGUCUGCAGGUGCCCAACACCGCGAUAAGCUGUUUGCAGGAUCCGGUGUACCAGGAAUGGGAGGCGCUAUCUACUUGCCUGGAAAGCAUACUCAGCCGCGUCUUGCAGGCUCAGGAGCGGCCCUCCAUUGCGUCUGGUCUGCAUUUACUGCAACUGUGUCUGAAUUAUCAGCCAGUUGAUCCCCUCAUCUUGUCCACCUUGUUGACUUGCAUUUCGGCGUUGUUCGUGUUCCUCAGCAUGUCCACAGGACAGAUGGCACCCACUGUGAAUUCUGUGGCCGCAUCCGGUGCCGCCCUCCUACCCUUGGUGCUGGACAAAAUCUUCUCAACGUUGAUUUUCCCGUCGGAGAACAAGGACACGCGGUCCCGUGCGGUGAAGAACGUUCGCCGCCACGCUGCCUCUCUGAUGGUCAAGAUCGGCAACAAGUAUCCCCUGUUGUUGUUGCCAGUGUUUGACCAGAUCCGUGCCACCGUCGAUACCCUGUCCCAGGCCAACGGUUCGAAUAGCCUCUCCACCUUGGAAAAGGUGACGUUGAAAGAGGCUCUGCUGUUGAUCUCGAAUCACUUCUGCGACUACGAUCGUCAGAGCAGUUUCGUGGCGGAGGUUCUGCGUGAAGUAAAUUGCUCCGAGACGUCGUUGUUCAAUUCGAUUGUGAACGCGGGCGCCUUCAAAGGCGCCAGGGAGUUCAUAUCGUUCGUCGGUUUGGAUAAGAGUCCUCAGGAGGACGACAAGGGUCAGAACAGGAGCAACAUUGUUUACUGUGUGAACCUCCUGCUGGGCGCCAUCAAACGCUGUUCUUGGCCCGACGACCCGGAAAGGGCGACACGAGGCGGAUUCGUUGUUUCAUUAACUGAAUCUGGAAACCCCGUAUUCAGGAACCCGGCCGCUCCGCACGUGAUGCCCCUUCUACCCCACAUUUUCUCGCUGAUCAAGAUCUUUAACGAGAUCUUCAUGCCGGAAACGGCGAACCUGGUCCACGACAGUUACAAGGGCUGCUUCGUCAUGCCCGAAACGGAGAAAUCGAACCUCUUGGGUCUGAUCGGACAUCCGAUAUCAGACGCAGCUGAUUCGCAGGCCAGCUUCAAUCCGGUGGAACGAAUGCAAAGGUUCAUGACCGGUUUGCACGAGAGCUGCUACCACAUGAUGGGAUCGCUCGGACCGUCUCUGGGAAGAGAUUUGUAUGCCAUUCCGGAUAUCGGGCUGGCGAUCGUCAACAGUAUUCUAUCGCAUUUACACUAUAUUCCGGACUUCCGGUUACGACCCAUCAUUAGAGUGUUCCUAAAGGCCUUUGUGUUUUCUUGUCCAGCCCCAUAUUAUGAGGUGGAUCUUUUGCCCAUAUUGGCACAUAUCACACCUAUAAUGUUGACUAGGUUACACACUAAAUGGCAACAAGUUAAUGAGUUCCGGAACCGCGAGGCUCAGGAGGACAAUGCCGACACCCAGGAAAUGUUGGAAGACAUUCUAACUAGGGCUUUGACUAGAGAAUACUUGGACUUUUUGAAGGUGGCUCUGGUUGGCGGCAGUCUAACGCCCGAACCAAAUACAGAGACUAUGGAAACGGAAGAACUCAGCAUGGAUUCCCCCACACCCCCAACCACUAGAGUUAACAUGGCCACCGAAGUUAUAUCCGAUCUGGCGUGCAUAAGUCUCAGCAGUAGACAACUGAAUAAUUCUCCAAAACAGAACCUCCUAAGAAAUGCCUGCAUUAACCCCGUUGGGCUACAGAUCCUGCGCUACGACAAGACGUGCCAGUCGACGGUGCUGGCCGUUUUGGGUGCUCUCUCCUGGAUCGACAGCAACGCCUCGCUCAAAGCCACGUAUCUGACUGGCCCGAUAGUCCGUCAACUGAUCAGCGACAACUCUCUGAACGGCGAAAUGGCCGCCCACAUUAUGGCUGCGGUUCUUAACGCCCUCACCUUGCACGGGCAGCACGAAGCGAAUCAAGGGUCCUUACUUACGUUGGGCGCCCAGAUUUACGAGAUGUUGCGGCCUAGUUUCCAGGAGGUGCUGGCUGUGAUGCAGCAGAUACCUGGUGUUAACCCGGUUGAUUUGCACAAGCUGGACGAACGGAUUUCCGGCAGCACCAGCAAGGGCAACAAGGUGGAGAAGGUGAAGAAGGAUCUGUUUAAGAAACUGACCGGAACGUUGAUUGGAAGAAGUGUGGGGGAAUUGUUUAAGAAAGAGGUGAAAAUAGUGGACUUGCCCAGGAUCGUCGUCCCAAGAAAGGAAGCUAACAGGAGCGAAGUAAUAACAGACUUAAGGAAUGUAUUCAGUUAGUGGCGACUCAAGAUAUUCCUAUGUUACUAUUUUAAUUAAUUUGAUGAUGUAAUUGUGCAACAUUCCCCUGUUGUUCAAACUCAACUCAGUCUGACUUGUUAAAACUCUUUUUAUAUCACUUGUGAAAUAAAUUAAUUGAUUAUUUUGUAUAUAUAUUUGUUAGUUUUAUUUUUUAUUUAAUUAUUUUUGGCCAUUUAUUUAUUAAAAAUGUACUCUUUUGAA